UACUUGCCCUUGGGCAAGUGCAUUAAAAUUGUAUUUGUCAGUCCUUGUGACACUUUUUGUCAACUUUCCUAUGCACUCUGACUCUGCACCCAUAUGAAUGAAAUGAUACAAUUCAUGUCAUGACCUACCCUCUAGGUCAUAUCUUUAAGGUCACUAGAUCAUUUUUUGUUAAUUUCUUGUGUGUUCUAUAUCUCCAACUUAUUUAGGAUAUUUAAAACUUAUGUCAACACGAUGUGUCAUGACUUGCACUAUAAUCUACUUUGAGACAGUGCACACCUUUUUAUAUCCCAAUUUAUUGAGUGACUUUCUUGAGAUAUUAAAAGAUGGUUAGAUGACCAAGUGUUGACUGAUAUAUGAUGUUUUCAUUUUAUGUUUUUAUUUGUAACAGAAAGUAAAACGCCUGAAGCCUGAGGAAGAUGCCAAAUGGUGGUGUCAGGCUGGUCUUGACAAAGAUGGGUUCAAAGUAAAAUAUAUAUCUGACUAUAAAGGAUUUGGUGUAUUUGCCGAAAAAGACUUCAGAGCAGGGGAUUUUCUUCUAGAAUAUGUUGGAGAAAUAAUUACUGAAGAAGAGGCAUUUGAAAGGCAGAGAAAAUGUGAUGAAAAUAUUUUUUUUUUUACAAGAACAAAGGAAAAAGUAUGUGUAUUGAUGCUUCAUCAACUCAAGAUCAUAUAUGCCAGUAUGUCAAUGAUGGGAACAAGAUGGCUAAUGCUGUCAUGAAACUUUUGACUUUUGAGAGGCCUUGUCUAUGCUUGUUUGCUGUCAGAGAUAUUCAAGAGAAAGAAGAAAUACUGUAUAACUAUGGAGAUACUCAGAAUCUCUGGUGGAGAAAUAAGUGGAACAUACAUGUAAUGGAAACACAGAAAAUGAUGAAAAUGGACAGGGUGACUAUGAGGGAAGCAGUAGCUGCAGCAACCAAAGGAACAAGUCAGGCCAAUUUCAACCAAACUUGGCAAAACGUAUCAUUGCGCGAUGGGGAUUCAAGUGUGUUCAAAUGGUGCCCCUAGUCACAGGGUUCUGUGCUUAUGGGCCCAAAUGGUUAAAAAGGUACCAUUCUUAAAAAAUCAUCUUGUCAUAAAGCACUGGAGAGAAUGAUUUGAUAUUAUG